AGGAGCUGACCUGGUCGCGGCUUCUCUUCUCACUUUCUCGGAACGUGACUGAGCUGCUGCAGCUGGCAGCCGGCGGCUUCGGCGGGGCGAGCCGUGGGUGGGAGAUGACGGUCAUUUCCUCCCUGCUUGGCCCACCGCGAGUAUCAACUCUCUUCGCCUGGCGGCCCUGGGGCUGCGGACGUGGCAGGAUAUCGGAUAAAAUUGAGAAAUACACGGCCUAAGAGUUUAAAGGAUUCUCUUUGAAAAGAUCUGGUUGGUGUUGGAGGGUGAAAGAAAAUGAAUUUUUUUUCUGAUUUACCUGCAGAGAACUUAACCAUUGCAGUCAAUAUGACCAAGACUUUGUCCUCAACAGUAGCACAUGGAUUCAAUUCUACUAAUGAUCCACCUUCAAUGUCAAUAACAAGGCUUUUUCCAGCCUUAUUAGAAUGCUUUGGCAUAGUCCUUUGUGGCUACAUAGCAGGAAGAGCCAAUGUCAUAACGUCCACACAGUCCAAAGGACUGGGAAAUUUUGUCUCCAGAUUUGCACUUCCAGCUUUAUUAUUUAAAAACAUGGUUGUACUUAAUUUUUCCAAUGUGGAUUGGUCUUUCCUAUAUAGUAUCUUAAUUGCCAAAGCUUCUGUGUUUUUCAUUGUAUGUGUAUUAACCUUACUGGUUGCCAGUCCUGAUAGUCGAUUUAGCAAAGCUGGACUGUUCCCUAUUUUUGCUACACAAAGUAAUGAUUUUGCAUUGGGAUAUCCUAUAGUUGAAGCUUUAUAUCAAACUACAUACCCAGAAUAUCUCCAGUACAUUUACUUGGUGGCGCCAAUAUCUCUUAUGAUGUUAAACCCUAUAGGGUUUAUCUUCUGUGAAAUUCAGAAGUGGAAAGACACCCCCAAUGCUUCUCAAAACAAAGUGAAAAUUGUGGGACUUGGACUUCUGCGUGUAUUACAGAACCCAAUAGUAUUCAUGGUCUUCAUUGGUAUAGCCUUCAAUUUUAUUCUUGAUCAAAAGGUGCCCAUGUAUAUGGAAAAUUUUCUUGAUGGGCUUGCAAAUUCUUUUUCUGGAUCAGCCCUAUUUUAUCUUGGCCUGACAAUGGUAGGAAAAAUAAAGAAACUGAAGAAGUCAGCAUUUGUUGUACUAAUUCUUCUCAUUACAGCUAAACUCCUGGUGCUGCCCCUUCUGUGCAGAGAAAUGGUGGAACUCUUGGACAAGGGCGACAGUGUAGUGAACCAUACAAGUUUAUCAAAUUAUGCAUUUUUGUAUGGUGUAUUUCCUGUAGCACCGGGAGUGGCUAUCUUUGCAACACAGUUCAACAUGGAAGUAGAGAUUAUAACCUCAGGAAUGGUAAUAAGCACAUUUGUGUCCGCGCCAAUCAUGUAUGUCUCUGCCUGGUUACUGACCUUUCCCACUAUGGACCCUAAGCCAUUGGCUUAUGCCAUCCAAAAUGUUAGUUUUGAUAUAAGUAUUAUCAGCCUGGUCUCCUUGAUCUGGUCUCUAGCUAUUCUUCUUUUGGGUAAGAAAUAUAAACAGCUUCCGCAUAUGCUUACAACUAACUUACUCAUUGCUCAGUCUAUUGUCUGUGCUGGAAUGAUGAUAUGGAAUUUUGUUAAAGAAAAAAAUUUUGUUGGACAAAUUCUGGUGUUUGUUCUAUUAUAUAGUUCUCUCUAUAGCACCUACCUGUGGACAGGCCUUCUAGCAGUUUCUUUAUUUCUUUUGAAAAAGAGAGAGAGCAUACAAAUUCCUGUUGGAAUCAUCAUAAUAUCUGGCUGGGGAAUUCCUGCUCUCCUUGUGGGUGUUCUUUUGAUAACUGGAAAACAUAAUGGAGAUAGCAUUGACUCAGCAUUCUUUUAUGGAAAAGAGCAGAUGAUUAUCACAGCAGUCACCCUGUUCUGCAGCAUCGUGAUAGCUGGCAUAUCACUCAUGUGUAUGAAUCGCACCGCCCAAGCAGGACGCUACGAAGGUUUUGACCAGUCUCAGAACCACAAAGCAGCAGAGCCUGAAAACACUGCUUUUGAGGAGAGUGCAGAGCCCAUAAGUGAGCCUGAGCCUUUUACAAAUCCUGUCCCAGAUGCAAGUUGCUGCUCCUGCUCUAUGGGAAAUGGUGAAUUGCACUGCCCGUCCACAGAACCAGCAGCCAACACAAGCACCCUGGGGCCUGGGACUGCUUCAUUUGAGAAAAAUGAUCAUUGUGUGAGUCGCUGUAACUCCCAGAGCUGCAUAUUAGCCCAGGAAGAAGAACAGUAUCUGCAGAGUGGAGAUCAGCAACUGACUCGACAUGUGUUGCUGUGUUUACUUCUCAUUAUUGGCCUGUUUGCUAAUCUUUCCAGUUGUUUAUGGUGGCUAUUCAACCAAGAGCCUGGAAGACUGUAUGUUGAAUUACAGUUUUUCUGUGCUGUGUUUAACUUUGGCCAGGGAUUUAUUUCCUUUGGCAUCUUUGGACUGGAUAAACAUUUAAUCAUCCUGCCUUUCAAAAGAAGACUUGAAUUCCUGUGGAACAAUAAAGAAACAGCAGAAAACAGGGCUUCUCCUGUUCCUGAGGAAAUAAAAAUGACCUGUCAACAAUUUAUCCAUUAUCACCGUGACCUCUGUAUCCGAAACAUUGUCAAGGAAAGAAGGUGUGGUGCAAAGACUUCUGCUGGGACCUUCUGUGGCUGUGACCUGGUGAACUGGCUGAUUGAAGUUGGCCUUGCCACUGACCGUGGUGAAGCUGUGAUAUACGGAGACAGACUGGUGCAAGGCGGAGUUAUCCAACAUAUCACUAACGAAUAUGAAUUUCGGGAUGAGUACUUGUUUUACAGAUUUCUUCAAAAGAGUUCUGAACAGAGUCCUCCUGUUUUUAAUGCAAACACUUCCCCACAGGAAAGAUAAAGAAAUUGAGCGUUCUUCCCCAUCCCCUAAGACCUAAAGUAUGAAGGAGAUAAGCCCACGUGGAGUUAUAGUCUAGCCCCAGAUCUGUUACUUACUAACUGUGUGACCCUGGGCAAAUUACAACCUCCCUAAGCUUCAGGUGCCUCUGUAUAAUUUGAUGAGAUGUGCUACCACCCCAAGAAUUUUAUGAUUUAAUGUGUAGGAAACUGACUAAGGAAGGAGAGAAAAUCAAAUCAAAAUUUAAAGUUCUGAUAAUAAAUAGUUAAUAUAAACUAAUUAUGCCAACAUUUUAAAACAUUGCUUCCUGCAACUGCUGUGAUAUGAAAAUCAACAUCCAAUUUACUAUUCUUUAAAUUGCCAAAUUUGGCAGGUGUACUGCUGAUGUGAAGUGGAGCUUAAAUUAUGACAACUUUGCAUUUAUUGAUAGCACCUCCUAAAAAGAAAUUUAAUGAGCCUAAUAAGAGGCCUUGUUGUUCUGUUCUUCCCAUUUCCUUGACAAAUAGUACUCAUUAAAACCUAGAAGCACUAUUUUUCAGGUUUAUGUUUUCUUUUCUAUCCAAAGUACUAAUCUCUGCCAUUAGGAGGGAAGUAAGAACCUCCAUAAAUAUUAUCCCCAUCAACAGAAGUAUAGUCUAAUCUUUAACUUUAAUACUAAAAAUAAUAAUUUGAGCAGAUUCACUUAAAAUUUAUUAAUAAAAUCAUUGCUAUGUGAUGUAUUUUCUGGUGUUUGCACAAAGCAUCACAGUGCAGAGGGAUAGCCCUAUUACCUUAUUUCCUGCAGUUAAAAAGAAGAAAAACUACACAGUACAAGCCAAGAUUUUUUAAUUCUAAGCCUAACAUGCUGCUUUUACAUUAGAAUUGUCUUUAAGCAUUCAUGUAUUUAAAAAAAACCAUAAAUUUGAAAAUUACUAAAU